UGUGGGAAGUUUGCUGGGGCGCUCUCAAUUGCGCAACUGACUUAGUUAACUUGGAAAAGAGGAAAACAAGGCUGUAAAACGGCGAACACAUCAGAGAAACUAUAUCCAAAGGAACGCUCAAUACCUGCGCAGGUAACAGAGAGUGACACGGGUUAGCGGAGAGCACGGUGCGGUCUGCCAAUGGCUGGAGCUGUGAACCCCGACUCGGUGUCCACGGGGGCCCGGGCAAUGUUUUUCAUGAUCACACCGAAUGAAUCAUCUUUCCAGAAAGUGGAGGAUGUGCCUCAGUAUGUACAACAGGCUACUCCUUUCUUUAUAGGGCUGAUGGUGCUGGAGCUGGUGGUGGGUUUUCUGAAGACAGGAGCCCCAGUGGUCACCCUCAGUGAUGGACUCACCUCUGUAUCUGCUGGAAUGAUCUCCAGAAUCCCACUGUUGUUCAUGAGAGGCUGUGAGCUGACUGCUUACAUGUUCGUGUGGGACCGGUACCGCCUGCUGGAGCUGCCCUGGGACUCAGCCUGGACCUGGUGGAUCGUUUUUCUGGGCGUGGACUUCUGCUACUACUGGGUGCACCGCCUCGCUCACGAGGUGUCCUUCAUUUGGGCUGCUCACCAGGUUCACCACAGUUCAGAGUACUAUAACCUAACCACCGCCCUCAGACAGUCCCUCACCCAGCAGUUCACGUCAUGGAUUUUCUACCUGCCCAUGGCUCUUAUUGCACCCCCCGCGGUCUUCGCCGUCCACAUACAGUUAAACCUUCUCUACCAGUUCUGGAUCCACACUGAGUUGAUCAAAAAUCUUGGACCUCUGGAGUGGGUUUUCAACACACCAACACAUCACAAAGUUCAUCAUGGGAGGAACAGCUACUGCAUUGACAAGAAUUACGGAGGAAUUCUCAUCAUAUGGGACCGAUUAUUUGGUACCUUCACUGCAGAGAAAGAAAAAGUGGUGUUCGGCCUGGUGUCCCCUAUCAACACCUUUGAGAUCCUCUAUGUUCAGUUACACUACUAUUUGUAUUUGGGGAGAAGAUCUACAACUUUCAAGAGUAUCGGCGACAAAUGUUUGACAUUCAUCAACGGCCCGAGUUGGAAACCUGGUAAACCUCGGCUUGGCGACCAUCUCGACAAUCCCAAGUUGACCGGACAGGAAGUGCCUCAUUAUCCCAACUGGUCGCUGCCUUUACAAAUGUAUGUGAUCAUACAUUUCCUGCUGGCGCUAGGGACCUACCAAGAUGUGUUUGACAACAAGAUGACGCUGUCACAGUUUAACAUGCUGGGGAUGACCGGCUACGUUCUGCUCACCAUCACUUCCAUGGGCUUCCUUGUCGAUCAGAGGCCAAGAGCGUCUGUCCUGGAGAUGCUACGCUGCGUCCUCAUGGCGACAAUGCAGAGGUACGGCUAUAUGAAGCCCCUGCUGCCUACACUGGCUGUGACCACACAGGCCUUUGUCUCCCUCUCUCUGCUGUACUGGGCUCUGCGGAGUUUCUCCCAGAUGUUCAGCAUCAGGAAGAAGACCGACUGAGUCAACAUAAGAAGACUCAGACCACAUUUUACAUUUUUAUGUCAAAAUUGACAUUGACAUACAUCCAUACAUGUUUUAAUGACCUUAAAUAUUUGUUGAUGUAGAGUACGAGACGCAGUUACCUCAGCUUUUGCUUGAUUCACUUUAAACGUUUUAUGUAUAACUGUUUAAGGUCUGUUUAUGCUUUAACAUGUAAAGCAGCCAUAAAACAAGACUCUCACAUUUCUCCCUGCUUAUAAAUGUCUUCUGUGCUUUUUUCUCUACACUGUAAUAACAGAGGUGCUGCGGUGAUAAUUAAAGUACUAAUAAAUUAACAUUUUUAUAUAAUACCUUUACUAUGCAACAUAUACCUCAUAAGAAAAUGUUUCUUAUACUUUUGCCUUUUAAUUUUGAUUUGCACAACACUGUACGAUACAUUGUUUCUCAAUUUCUUAUUGCAAUAAAAGAUUUGUAAUCUCCA